UGGUUCGAUGUGGCCACUGGCCGCUUCACUCCCUGGAUUUUGGAUUUGCUAUUUGAUCACUCGGCAUUCGCAUGUUCGGUCAUGAAAGCCAUGGGGCAAGAUACGGGGAAUCACAACGGAGCAAAUGGGGCCUCGGUUGCCGAGAACUCCGCUCAAGAUGGGCUCGCUCGCCGACUUACCGAGGAAGAGUUUGACAGAUACUCGCGCCAAAUGAUCGUUCCCGGCAUGGGGAAGCAGGGCCAACUCCGCCUGAUCAACUCCCGGGUGCUCAUCAUCGGGGCUGGAGGUCUUGGGUGUCCGGCAGCUCAGUACAUCGCCGGCGCUGGGGUGGGCACUAUCGGCAUUGUCGAUGGCGACGUGGUUGAAAUGUCCAAUCUCCACCGCCAAGUUGGCCAUGCAACCUCUCGCAUCGGCAUGAAGAAGGUGGACAGCCUGAUCAGCCACCUCAGGGGCUUGAAUCCCCUGCCGACAUAUAUAGCCCACCCGUUCCAUCUCACCCCUCAGAACGCCGCCGACAUCAUUUCACAAUACGACCUCGUCAUGGAUUGCACCGAUAACCCAGCCACACGGUACCUCAUUUCGGAUGUCUGCGUACUACUAUGCAGGCCCCUCGUCUCGGCCGCCUCGGUCCAGAAGUCUGGGCAGCUGAUCGUCUUGAACUGUCCACCCACUCCACAGGGGUUGGUCGACGGGAAAUAUGCUCCCUGCUACCGGUGCUGCUUCAGGAAGCCGCCGCCACCAAGUUCCAUGGUAUCGUGCGGCGAGGCCGGCAUCAUGGGUCCCGUGGUGGGCAUGAUGGGCGUGGCCCAAGCCGGGGAAGCCAUCAAGAUCCUGGCUUCAGCCCUGCACAUACCCUCUCAGAACACGGAAAAUGGACCGGAAAGAAAUCUCCAGCAGCCAACGCUGUUGAUCUACACGUACGACCUCGACAGUGCCGUCGGCCCCUAUUCCUUCCGUGCGCUGAAGAUGGGCGGCCGCAAGAAGAACUGUUUUGCCUGCGGGGAGAACUCUACUCUGACAUUGGAGGGCAUCAAAGCGGGCAAUCCGAACUACGAGCAGUUCUGCAGUAUCCCAACAGCGAGCUGUAAUCUGCCCCCGGAAGAGCGGAUCACGGCGGCGGCCUACCACGCGGCCAAGGAGAAAGGGGAACUGCCGGAACACAUCCUCCUCGAUACCAGGGAGAAGGAGCACUUCUCGUUUGGUAGCAUUGAUGGGGCGGUAAAUCUACCGUUUGGCAAGUUUCUCAUGAAGGCUGCCGCUGUCAAGCGCGGCGGAGGCUCGGCUCGUGACAUCCUUCCCCCAGAGGUAGUUGACACGGAUGCGCCGAUCUUCGUAGUCUGCCGGAGAGGGCUCGACUCGCAGGAGACGGUGGCGAAGCUCAAGGAGCUCGGGCUGGAUAAAGGGGGGAAGAGGAAAAUCAUGGACAUCGCUGGCGGCAUGAAAGCGUGGAAGGAGGAGGUGGAUCCGUCCUUUCCGUUCAUCUGAGCCGUGAGGCUAUGUUCCAAAGGGAGACUGUGUUUGGUUGCUUGGAGAUAUCCGAACUGCCUAUGCUACAACCGAGCGGAUCCUGAACUCCGGAAGGGUGAAUAAGAAACAAGUUGGAAAACUGGAACAGCAGUUGAAUCCCCGACGACCCAUGCACAACUGGGAGCCAUUCCACAGGAACUGAAUUCAACCAUGCUUAUCAACACAUUAACCACCAUUUUGAUAUUUCAUACAAACGAUCCUCCCUUCUUCUUGUUGAACGCCCGCUGGUCUCUCAGCCACUGCCUGUAACCAGCCACGCUGGAGAUCUUCUCGCCAUAGAAAUCGGGUACUGCCGGCAACAGUCAGUCAGUAUGCCAGUCAAUCAGUCACACGUGAUCACGCCCCGACGUAAGAAGAACAACGUGGA